GAUGACCAAAACUUUCUUUGAGACAAGGGCAGAUGGAGUGCCAGUUGAGAAUAUACCUUGUCAACUUUGCAGUUACCUAGAAGGAAUUCUAAACUCACCAAUAGUGGCAGCCCGUGACGGUAGUUUACUAAUCACAGUUGGGUGUCGCACCCUUGAAAUUCUUGAACGCCUGUGGGAAGACUAUUGCUCUGAUCACCUUAAUGCAGUUGUUGAGGAAUGCCUUGUGACUGAUGACAUUCGAAGAAGAUUUGGCAUAGAGUUAGUCAAGUUGAAGACAACUGUUAUGGAAGAUGAUUAUUUGCAAUGUAAACUUUCUCUAAUGGAUAUAACAGCAGACACACAAGCAGAACAUACUAUUCAGCAAGGAAUGCAACAGGUGGCAUCUGAAAAUUUCUUGGAGGCAGGGGCAGAAGAAAUGGCAGCUACCAUUCCUAUUAAGGAACAAUCUCAGAACACCCAGCCUCUGAAUUUGAUUCAUAAUGUAACACCGAGUGAGGAUAGUUUAAGAAUAGAAGUCAAGUGCCUAACUCUGGAAAGUCUCGAACGUCUGUGGCAAGACUAUCGUUCUGGUCAGCUAAAUCGCAUGGCGGAAGAACUUCUAGUGACGGAUGAUAUUAAGAGAAAAUUCAAUGUGGAGUCCAUUACGUUGAAAACAACUAUUUCAGAAGACGAUUACCUGGCCUGUAAGGAGUACCUGUCCAAUAGACCAGAUGCUGCAAGAAAUGGCCAACGAGUUGACGGUCUAAAUGGCAGAUCCCAGAACCCAUCAGCCCAAACAGCAAACGUUCAUGAUGAUGAAGAAGCUAUAAUUCCACAUGCAAGUGAUGAUUUACAAGUUCAUGGUGAUAAACAAGGCGAUGAAAAUUCUUAUUAACAUCGUCAUAGCAACAGCCAUUCCUCAGAGCCUCCGUAGGAAAAAAGGUGGCGACUAGUACAUUUACCCAUAACUCUAAGCGCACGAAAACCUUAACAACGUUCAUAAAAACGUGCAGAAACGUUAUAACAUCUUCAGACUUAGGCUACUCAAUGUCCCUAACACAGGGAAAAUAUUGUAAAAAUUUGGCUUUCUUUGUGACUUGUAGGCUGUGUUAGGUUCGCACGGCAUUGUGGUAAAAUGUAGAGCCGCCAUAUUUUUUCCCACGGUAGAUUACAGCAGAAACGUUACUGGCUAACUGCCAAAAGGAACUUCAAGAAACGAUGACAGCAGCAACAGAGCAACAUACUAAAAAGAUCAACGAGGUUUGUGGUCUUCUAUGCCUAUCAAAGCACCUACGUUUGGAUUAGAAAGAGGAGCUAGAGCUACACAAGGAUGAAUUUCAACGCUUUGAAUCUCAGAUAAUUUCUUGCCUGCGUGACCAAAGAUGUCAGUCGUUGUCAAGUGUAAGGCGUACAAUCAAGGAACUGAGGUCCGCUGUUGGUAGAGAAUGCCACAGGUUUGAGGCAGCCCAUCCAAUAUACGCAAGAAAAACCGCAAUCAUUGACACUGUCAAGGAAACCCAGGUUAGUGUUGAAGCCAGACGGGAAUCAGCAAAAUUUGCUAUCAACAAGUUUCUUGAUGACUUCAUCACAAGUGACGCAGAUUCGGGAACCUAACAAGCCACGUGGGCUGCUGAAAGCUCUCUUUAAGAGAUUUGGCGUCGAUCUGAAAGGAUUGCAAGGUAUUCCUGGUGUCCAAAAGAUCCAUGUUGAAUUCCGCAACCACGAACUUAAGAUUCAGAGUUCUGAGGAGGCUCGGGAAACAAUCAACCAUUGCGUGGAAGAGUGCUGCAAAAAUCUUCCCCAGCAAUCGUCCCUUUCAACAUUGGAUGAUCAAACUCAGCUGACUUGUUGUAUCUGCGUGUGUGAUGUGGACGAGGCAGCCGACUUGUACAGACUCGCUUGUUGUGGCCAUACCUUUUACAAGAGCUGUGUUAUCCAGCAACUGAAAUCUGAAGUGUGCAUCAGAGGAUUGUGAAGAGCUCUUUGUGUGGAGAGAUUUGCUGUGCAGAAUCUGCUGAGCGAAAAGGAGAGAAAGAAGCUUGCUGUGCUGUUAGUGCCGUAGAUGAGUAUUUUAAAAGGAAUCCUGAAAUUGUCAAGUAUUGUCCAACUGCCGACUGCGGUAUGGUGUACCGUGUCUCAACGGAAGGAAGACGCUUCACUUGCUGUGCAUGUCAGGCCGAGAUCUGCACGUCUUGCCAGGUGCAGUGGCACAACGGGCUCACUUGUGCCAUGUUUAAAUCAGGAAAGCAGGUGGAGGGACGUCUGGAAGAAUGGAUGAUGAAGGACCCAAGCAGUAGGAAGACCUGUCCCAUAUGUAAGAUGCCAGUUCAAAAGAAUGAGGGUUGCUAUCACAUGACAUGCUCUGGGUGUAAAUCGCGCAUGUGUGUGCGGUGCCUGGAGGUGUUUCCUACAGCAAAAGGGGUAUACAAUCAUCAACGGCACUGUCAGAAAAAGUUAACAGCGUGAUCCGAUUCCUUCUCAGUAAAGAAAGAGUAUUUCCACUCCUACGACCUGUACGACAGAUGGCACUUAGUGCUCUACCUAGAUGUUGGUAGCUGGGUAGUUGACUUUUCUGAUUCAAGUUAACACUGGUUUCAUCCCAGCAGUCGUUUACAAUUGGAGUUGUGUUUAAGUUUUCCUAGCGGUUUUGUGCUGUGCCCAUUUUCGAGGAGAUUGAUAAUUGAAAAAACUCGGAAAUAAAAUCAUAAAAUGCAAUGCUAAUUACAAACCGCUACCUAGGGGAUAGGGGAACUUCAGUCACCAUGACGGAUGGAACGAGUGCUAGUGUAGACUGGGCCUAAACUGUGACUUACCGUGGACAAAGCGUUGUCUUGUAGCUUAACGAAACUUCCCACUUUGUUUGAAUUUUCUUGUGUUAAGGGAGUUAAUUACUUUUCAGAUAGGUGCUUCCAUGCUUCAAAAAGACUUCGGAUAAGAAAAUAUUAAUUUCUCUGAUACCACCGUACAGCCUCGUUGGUCUGAACCUAUGGAAACAACACUGUAAACUGACUCAGGCCGGCCGGGUUGACCUGAGGUUGACACCGAGAUUUUUGCUAAACUAAAAUCCGGCCGUGGUCAUGUCAACAGUUAUUUAGCGUGCGCAAUAGGCCAAGUUCGAUAUAUUAAAGUUAUAUUUAAAUUAAAGUUGGCGUUGAGCUUGAACACAUCGAGGUUGAGGGAUGAAUUACUAAAUUUUCUUCUGUAAGUUCCGUAAGCCCAGUCAUCAUGGUAGAAUUUUAAUUUUUCAAAAAUUAAUAGCCUAUUUAGAACAUUUACCAACGACAAUUUUUACAACAUAUCAACGAAAUCAAGCUCCAUAUCAAGCUCAAUAUGUUACUAUAUAUGUACUUAGGGUGCGGUCGGUCAGGACGCCGACGGGAAAUAUUUGACUCUCGCUCGAGCAAGGCCCUCCCUCAGUCAGCAAGCUCUUAUUGUUGUCGGCAUCAUUUUGAAAUUUGCACUUUUUAAAGGGAGUAAGUUUGAUAAUUUGAUGUUUUGUUAGAACCUCUGGAGUAUAAAUGUCACCAAAGACGACCUGGGCCAGGAAAGCGAUAACUACAACAGGUCAAAAGAAAGCAUAAUCUUGUUGGAGUGUAAGCUUUUUUCGUUUAAUUAACUGACGUUUUUGGCCCCAGAGGGCUCUUAGGUGCCGGGAAGGGCUACGUGACAAGGAAACUUCCCAAACGCUAAAUCUGCAGCACACUUCGUGGUGCCUAAUGUGAACUGGCUAUUAAUAUCAGUUUUUCAGAGUCUGCUUGUUUCAAGUCUAAAAUCAAGUAACACUGAUUAUCUUCAGUGGCAUCGAUAUCAAAACCGAAAGACAACAACAGAUUAUGACCAGGUUAUAGCGUGACGAUGUUAUACCCAGAAUCAUCGCCAAUCUGCCAUUUACCGUUUGCUGUAGAAUGUGUUCUUAGUCUCUCUCCCAUUGUAGACACCUGAUGACUUUUAGUUGUCCUGCUGGGUACAGUUCUAUUGUAGUUGGGUCAUUGUAGCUCUUAUAAAGAAAGCUAAAUCGUUACUGAUCGAAUGGUUAUUCCCUUGUUAAAAUAAAACGUUGCUGAAAUUA